AUCCACAUCGUCUCAGUCCCCGUAUCGCGUCUGCUCCGCUCACUUCGUUCAAAUCCGUGCGGAUGAUUCACUGUGGUACACAUAUAUCGAUUUCCUUUUUCUACCUCAUUUUCAUUUUUAUCUAUAAAUUCAUUUGCAAAUAAUAAAAGACAAAUAAUAAUAGAUCACACAAGCUAUUCAAAGUAGAAGAUAUAUUCAACAAAAUUCAGAUAAAAGAUGUAUUAAAAUUCCAUUUUAAUUUUUACACUGCAAGGAAAAUGAAAAUGUUGUUCAAAUUUUAACGCUUUACGUUUGAAAUCAAAUGUCCGUUUCUUGUUAGUUUUAUGUAUCGAAGAAAACAUGAGCUAUGACAUACUUUAUACGAUUUGGUCAAAAAUAGCAGAGUCUUGUGUCAUUUCACUUUUCUUUACUGAAUUCUGAGAACGUAAAAUCUUUCAAAAAGUAUCGUUAGACAACGAAAUAUCCAUUAGCUUUGAACAAUUUUAUACGUGAUUUACAAAAAAAGAAGAAGAAACACAGAAAGAAGGGGAAGAAAAGAGAACAGCAUGGUGAUAUAAUUCUACCGUAGUUUUAUAAUCAUUGCAACGACUAUGCUUUUGUGGAUAUUGAGCUGCCUGAACCUGUUAACGGUUUCCAUCUUGUGCUUGUCUACGAGUGAAAUAGAAGCUGAAAAAAGUGGUUGGAACGUUGAUCCAAAUACGCAAUAUCACAUUCAAACCGACGAAGGACCUGAAAGGUACUUUCGUUUCCAAACACUAAAUGGACAAUACAGGAAGGAGAAAAGAUUAUUGGAUGGUACAGUUAUCGGCACAGAAGGCUGGCUAGACCCUCUUGGAUAUUUACGACUUAAGGAUUACAUAGCUGACGAUAACGGAUUUCGGAUUCUCAGGUCGAAAAUGAUUUACGUGGGUAAAAACAGACCUAUUUACGAUGCUGUAACGGAAGCAAAAAGGGUGCCCCCUCAAACUGGAAUUCUUGUACAACCAGCGCGUCCACCAAAUCCCUUCAGACAACCAGAAAGAGAACACGUUGUUCCUUUAGUUGGCAACGAUAUAAAUUCAGAUUAUCAUGCCAGCACCACUAUUAAACCUCAAGCGGAUUAUUCUUCUGCUGUAUCUAAUUCUAACAAUUACUACUACAAUCCAAACCGAGCAAGUUCUUCGUCCGACCUUGGCAAUUUAAACAACUAUUCUCGAAAUACCUAUCAGAAUUUUCCUGUUGCUCGAAAUGACCAUCUGAAACCAAGCUUUCAAUUACCAACAACUACAUCACGAAGCAAUCCAACGGCAUUUCCUCAAUUCGAUGGAACGUACAACACUGCUAACGGAUUCCAAUAUUAUUUGAAAAGGCAGUAUCACGAAGAGGAACAAGACUCAAGUGGAGCAAAUGUCGGUUCUUUUGGUUACAUCGACCCAUUUGGUAUUAGAAGGGUAAUAUAUUUCAAAACAGAUCCGCAAACUGGCAGAUUUCUCCAUCAGAAAAAUAACAAAUACGUGGGAUUCGAAUCAACUCCGUAUGAUCUAUCGUUACCUAAUACGUACAGACGUAACUCAAGAUCCACAACGUAACAUAUUUCUCCAAAGUUCAUUUUAAAAUAAUACGGGUAUCUUGGACCACAUCUUAUUGGGAUUUUCUUUCUCUUUAUGACCUGUUACUAAUGUAAAACUGGAAGAAAUUGUGCUAACUUUUGGUGAAAUUUUAAUGGACGUUAAAUAAUAAUAGGCCACGAUGAUACUUAUUUUACGUAUUUCUCACAUUUUGCGUGGAUAACAAAAUUAGCGUGAAAAAUAGGCUUUCUUAGCAGCUAAAAACUUAGUCCGCAAUAUUACAAAGGAAUUGUAAGCUGUAAACCUUGUGCCAUGUUAGGUUAUUGUAGAACUUAUUAUCCUCCAAUGAUACUUUAAACCAUGAAAAUAUAAGGAAACCUAUUGCGUCAAAUAGUUGAGUUAAAAACUCCAUUACUGUAAAUUAGAUAACAAGAUACAUCGUAGGUGUGGUAAUAAAAAAUUAAUAAAUUUCAAAACGAUGCAGUGAAACUCAUUUAGUUGCUGAUUUAUAUACAGGAUGCGUCACGCAACUGAGACGAAUUACAUCUUGAAUUUGAUAAGAGACGGAAAAAGAUUGUUUAAGCAAAAGUUGAAAGCUAUGGUAAUAUCUUCCUCGAAAAAUUUCUAAAAUGGAUUUACAUACUCUUCUUACUCAUAUUUAAGUACUAUUUAUUACAAUAUUUAACAACAAAGUCACGUACUUGCUUUAUUUUACCUUAUUGAAGAUGAUGUUCGAGUGUCCUGCCUUUAUGCACAUAGUAAGCGCUUCUCAUAGAUCGUCUCUUUAUUCGUUCGUAACGAAGUUACAGUGGUCGCUGUUUAUGUUUGAAAAAUGUAGUUUAAUUUGUUCUUCCAAGUCUUCCAAUAAACGAAUGGACGCGAAUAUACUUUACGUUUGAGAUAACCCCAUACAAGGAAGUCAAGGGAAUUUAGGUCAUGGUGUUGCAUCUCCCAAAACACGACAUCUGCCAAUUGAUGUACGCUGUAUAUAAGUGACUUGCAAAAAUUAUACUUAACGCAAUUAAAAUAUUCUAACAUCGAAGUGAUGAGAAAGAAAUAUUUAUUAGAAAGAUUCAUAGUAUGGAUUUAAUAUAGAAUAUUUCAUGCUAAUGAAAAAUAAAGGUAUUCUCCUCGUUUUCUUUCGUUGAAGGAAUCUAAAUCCUACAACAAAGAAUAGCGUAAAAAAAGCCAGCUGGCUUUAUCUUUAUACUAAAUGUAUUCUGAAAAAUUAGUUAAACAUUUAUAAUAACGCUACGUCGCUAACAAUAAAAUCUUCCGAAUUUCUGUACUAAUUA